GUCACAACUGUUGGUCAGCUUCUUGUAGUUACUCACAUGCUAGCCUACAGGCCUUGCUUCGGAACAGGUUCAACCUAAAGCGUCCACUGCGUGAACGUUCACGCGUGCAUCUCGUUAGCAUCUUUACUGUCGACAAGAGGCUCGGCGUACAUCCUGCUGCCCACGCCUGCGCCAUGGCGCGUAGCUAUGUGCCAGCGCUCAUUGCGCUGGCCGCGGUUUCGGCUCUGCUCGGCGUCGCGGCCGAGCAGCAGGCGGGCAUGCUCCGCGUGACGCUGCGCAAGACCGAGAUGCUGACCACGCUUGGCCGGCCGCGGCCCUACCUGCUCGGCGAGCAGGGUCUGCUGGGCUCGUCGGACCAGGGGCAGGUCACCCUAAAGAACUUCAUGGACGCGCAGUACUAUGGCGAGAUCGGCCUGGGCACUCCGCCUCAGCUGUUCAACGUCAUCUUCGACACCGGCUCCGCCAACCUGUGGGUGCCCUCCAGCAAGUGUGCGCUGUUCAACAUCGCGUGCCGCCUGCACCGCAAGUACAACGCAGCCAAGAGCAAGACCUACAAGGCCAACGGCACGGAGUUCGCCAUUGAGUACGGCACCGGCUCCCUGGACGGCUACAUCAGCCAGGACGUCCUCACCUGGGGCGGGCUGACGAUCAAGGACCAGGGCUUUGCUGAGGCCAUCAACGAGCCCGGCCUCACCUUUGUGGCAGCCAAGUUUGAUGGCAUCCUGGGCAUGGGCUUCCCCGCCAUCAGCGUGCAGCACGUGCCGCCGCCCUUCACCCGCCUGGUGGAGGAGGGCGGGCUGGCAGCGCCCGUGUUCAGCUUCUGGCUGAACCGCGACCCCAACGCGCCCAACGGCGGCGAGCUGGUGUUGGGCGGCAUUGACCCUACCCACUUCACCGGCGAGCACACCUGGGUUCCAGUCACUCGCCAGGGCUACUGGCAGUUCAACAUGGAGGGCCUGGACCUGGGGCCCGGCAGCCAGAAGAUGUGCGCCAAGGGCUGCGCCGCCAUUGCCGACACCGGCACCUCCCUCAUCGCCGGCCCCUCGGACGAGGUGGCCGCGCUCAACCACGCCAUCGGCGCCACCUCUGCGCUGUCGGCCCAGUGCCGCCAGCUGGUGCGCGACUACCUGCCGCAGAUCAUCGCGCAGCUGCACGACCUGCCGCUGGACCAGGUCUGCGCCAGCAUUGGUCUGUGCCCCAUGGCCGCCGCCUCCACCAUCAAGCCCGCUCGCCGCCUGCUCGCCACUACUACUGCCGCCGGUACGCACAGCAUUCGCACCAGCAGCGGCGCUGCCGCCGUUGCUGACGAGGCCGCCGCCGGCGACGCCUCCGACGUCGACGCCGCCGUUGCCGCCGUCAAGGCCCAGCUCGCGAACCUGCUCGGCCACGCCGCCGCCGGCGCAACCACCACCAACGGCCGCGGCGCCGCCGCCAGCGAUGGCGGCGUAUCGGGCGUUAUCUCCAAGCUGGUUGGCGAGGCCGCCGCCAAGGCUCAGGGCUCCAAGGCUGAGUCGGCCGGCGACAGUGUGGUGUGCAGCUUCUGCCAGACGGCUGUGGCCUACAUCAAGAUUGCGCUGCAGUCCAACUCCACCAUCGAGCAGAUCGCCGACGCAGUGGGUCAGCUGUGCGACCAGGUGUCGUUCGGCGGCCCGAGUGUGGUGGAUUGUGACAAGAUCUCCACCCUGCCCGUCAUCAGCUUCAACAUCGGCGGCCGCGUGUUCCCGCUGCGGCCCGAGCAGUACGUACUGCAGUUGGACGCGGGCGGCGGCGAGAUGCAGUGCAUCAGCGGCUUCAUGGGCCUGGACGUGCCGGCCGGGCCCCUGUGGAUCCUGGGAGACAUAUUCCUGGGCGCCUAUCACACCGUGUUCGACUACGGCGCAGCGCGCCUGGGCUUCGCCAAUGCGGCUUAGGUAAAGGAGGAGAGGCCUGUGGGAGGAGAGGCCCGGAAGCGUCUGGGAGAGGAGGCGCCAAGCGUGUUGGGUUGGGUGUUUGCGUGUUGUUGAGUUGUGUGUGUUCGUGUGGAGUGCUGCGAGGUAUGAUGGCCUGGGUUGGACGGCAUGCGUCCUGGUGAGCUGGUGGGGAGGUGUUCAGGCGUGGAGCAGCCGGACGGUCGUCAGGUCGCGGGGAGUAGCGGAAUGCAGACUUAAGUGUAUGCGGUGCAGCUCUGCUGCUCAGUCUUGCGCGGCUCUGCUGCUCAGUCUUGCGCGGCUCUGCUGCUCAGUCUUGGGCGCGGGUCUGUAAGAGCAGAUGCGUUGAGUGCGGCACUGCGGCACGUGUUGUGCAACUCAAGGCUCUGGGCACGCAUGUAUGCAAGGCCGCCCGGCCGCGGCCGAGGCGUCACAUGUGAUGUGGGUUCGGUUCAGUUGGUUGCAUCGUGGUGCCAUAUAUCACGCAGUAAGCAGCUUCGGGAGCUUGCUGCGCUUGUAAAUUAAGUUAACAGA